CUUGCAGUUUUAAGUUUGUGGUUGCAAUGUGGCACAGUUUGGAUCAGUUUAACGUGUAUAAACACGUUUCUAAGGCACGGUAUACAUAUAAGUUAUAUUAAGUUCAUUCCUUCUAGUUAGCAGUAGUUCUGCCCUGACGUUAUCUCUUUGCUCUUGCUUUACAAAGGCUCUGGUGUAUUCCUCUCUGUGUUUGCUAUUUACUAUGAGAGCUUGACGUAGCUUUGCAGAAUCGGUCUUACCAGAAUGUGAAAGCGGUCUAAUGGAAGGGCUGGGGAGGAGCCAAAAUGAUUAGGAAUGCUAAAGGAAAGAGUCUCUCACUCAGUGCUUCUGAAAGCACCGGGAUCGGCUUAUUGACGCUGAAAACUGUAUUUAUUCCAUCUGUUGAGGUUUUGUUUGACCACCACUGUUAUAUAUUUACAUGUACAUGCUAGAUAUUGAACAUGGUGGUGUGUAGUUACUUUACCUGCUGAAUGUAGCUAAAAUGGUUGUGAGUGCGAGUCCAAACUUACAGUUUGCUUAACAAGUAAACAGUUUUUGCGUCACAGGCCACCACUGGGAUCCUGUACCUGUAAUGAUAGAAGAGAAAAUUUGGCUUUCUCAGCAGUGUAACAUUAAACAUUUAUGAUGUGUGCUUUAUUUAAUUGCUUCUGAAAUAUUGAUAGAGUUGGCAUUCACUGGCUGACAUUUGACUUAAGGGAGACAAGAAAAAGAAGUGCAUGAGGGAGAGAGGUGCAUUAAGGGUUGAGAUACGGUCAGUGUGCCACUGAACUCAGCUAGCCUCAGCUAGCUGAGCCAUGUUAGCCGCAGGCAAGUUAUAUAAUUCACUGGCUGCAAUGAUAUCAUAAUAAAAUCAGUUUUUGUAUCUGUAAAUUGAGAGGUAACAAAUAAAAGUAGAUAUUCCUUUACUGGAUAAUAAAUAGUUCAUACAUAUGUUAUUAAGUAAUCUCAGAACUCUUUACGAAUCAUUAAUAAUUGAUUAUUGUGCAUUAAUUAAGGCUGAGAAGGAGACAAAAUCUACUGGUUUCUUUUCAAAUAGUGAAACAAUUUUGUUCACAUAUAUAUUUUAAUCUAGAGUUUGUUGUACUAAACAUUUUGUAUUGUCUUUUAAGCACAAUAAGCAUUUGUAAAUGUAACUUUUCAGUCUCAUUUUCACUCUUAAUGAAUGAAUAAUAAAGAAUUAUUAACGACUAAUAAAGUGUUUAUAGAUUAAUUGAUAACUUGUGACAAAGUGGUUCAGUUUGUGUUUACCUCUUAUUCUUAUUUUUGACCACACUUCUUCACAAUCUAUAAAAUAUUACUUUAUGAUACCCUUAUUUUUUUUUUACCCGUUGUAGCGUUUUGUGUUCAUUUUAUCUGUAAUUUGGGUGAACUUAUAAUCAUAGAGAUGUUACCAAGUGGUUUGUGGAUUUAAAGGCUCAAGAUCUGCAUUCAGUCAGAAAUUUAUUGUAUUCUUAGAAAACGUGACACUUUGGUUUAAGUAAACAAGCUUUAGUUGGAAACUCCCUCAGUACCCAAGAAAUCAUAUUAUUAUUUUUUCCAUCAAAAACAUCAAGGUUUGUACAUAUUUAUUGUGUUGUAAUAAAUUACCUUGUAGCAAGUUUAUUUCUUUGUUUCUGAAAUCAAAAACAAACAAAUGCUUGCAGUGGUAAAACUGAAGCUAAUUCCUAAUGCGCUAAUUCUUUGUUUAGCAUUUUGCCAACUUUGAAAAUGUUAAAUUUUAUGAAUAAAUUCUAAAGUGCUAAUUUUGUUUGUUUUUCAGAUUAUCAUUAGAAAUUCAACAUGUGUGUUGUAAUUUUGAUUCAUGCUCUUAUUUUGAAGUAGGAAAAGAUUGUUUACCCAGGAUUUCUGUUUCCUCUCCUCAUGUUCCCCACCCCUGAUAAACCAUUUUAUCCCUAACAUUUCCGAAAACAGCAAUCAAAACACUUUUUUCGCAUCACAGGAUUCACAUAAUCAACAGCAAAUGUUGCUACUGGUAGAAACUGUGAAGAAGAAAAAAACAGGAAGUAGUUGGAGGAUGAUGGUGCAUUGUUUUUUUAAUGGCUUAUUACUUGAAAAAACUCAUUCACGUUUGAUUGUGAUUGUGUUUCUUAUUUAAAUGAAACACCACGACUGAAUGUGUUUUUUUCUGACAUUAGCAGAAUAUUGGAGACGUUUUGUGCACAUUUGUAAUGGAAACGCUGCUACUGAAAUGGUGGCUAAGAGAGGAGUCCAGAUUUUUGGAUUGAAAAAGUUGGAUCAAAGUUCGGUUCUGAAAAUAUCUUAACAGCAGAAUAUUGAAAUGAUUUAAAGGUUGGUGUAAUCCAACAGGAACAAGGUUUUAUGAUGCACUAAAAGGCAAAUCCAAAAACAACUACAACACAAAAAGCACACUAAUAAUUACAAAAAGUUUCUUAAAGUGAAUUUUUUCACUGGCUUAAAUUGCAGUCACUCCCCUAAACACAAUCUUCAAAGACUAAUAUAUAAUUAAUAAUUGCUAUCAGAAAGACUGCAGGGUACUGAUGGGAAAGAGAGACAAAGCUGCUGGUUAAUGGAUUCAUAUUCUGCCUUCGUAAUGCAGUUAUAGACCUGUUGAAACUGCUUUCUUUGAGUGAGUAUCUAUAUCAACGAGACGAACACUGGAAAAGAGCUUUAGAUUUUAAAAGGGAUCAGAGAAGCAAGGCAUCGAACCACCGGCCCUCUGAACAGCAGCUGACUGCUGUGAACCGCAGCCUGUAGUCAUAACAUAGCAUGAGGGAAAUGUUCUCAGUCAAUAUUUUAUGGUAAGUUUGUUUUAAAUUCAGGUAGACUGUCCAAAACCCAAAGGUACGAAUAGUCAUUACAUUUAAAAGCGACUUACUAGGGUCAUUUUUAGAUAGAAAGAAAGGAGUAAAUUGCCACUAAAAUCUCACAAAUUUUGUUAUUAAUCUCAGAAAUUUGCAAGAAAUAACUUUGAAAUUGUUGAAUUCCAGAAGUAAAAAAUUUGCAAGAAAAAAAAAAUUAUGAAAUUUCUUCGCUAAUUUUAGAAAUUUGCAAGAAAUAGCUUUUAAAUGUCUGAGAUCCAAAAGUCAUCUUGGACAUUUUUAAACUCCAGAAAUCAAAUAUUUGUGAGAAUUUUUGUUUUUAAGUUUUUAGAUUAAUCUUGAAAAUUUGCAAGAAAAAAACUGGACAAUUUCUGAUCUCCAAAGCCAUAAAUUCACAAAGGAAACCUGAGAUAUCUUCUAGGAAAAACCUGGAAAUUGAUGAGCUCCAAGAGAAGUUUACAAGAAAAAUUCUGAAAUUGACCUCAGAAAAUUUAUAGAAAAAAUGUGGAAAUUUAUGAGCUACAAAAGUUGAAAAUUUGCAACAAAAAAAAAAGUUUAUAUUUUGAGAUUAAUCUCUGAAAUUUUCAAGAAAAAUGUGAAAAUUUCUGAGCUCCAGAAGUAAAAAAAAUUGGCAAGAAAAAAAGAGAAAUUCUAAGAUUAGCCUCAGACAUUGUUAUGAAAAAAAAAGUCCAAACAACAACAUAGACUUGAAUCAUUGCCCGUUCAUUUACAUCCAUAAAAACAUUUUUCAUUCCCUCUGACAAUAAAACAUUUCAUGUUGCUGUUUUUCCUAUUUGUCCCAAAUUAUCUGUUAGUCUGAACGGUUGACAGAUGUUGACAUCGACUCUCUGAUGCUCCUUCAAUAAGAGUGACUUUAGAUGUAAGUUCAGCCGACCUCCCCUGACAAAACGCGGCGACCUGCGUUUUAAAAACCCGUUGAGUUCUGGAGGAUCUGCAGAAAUCUUUCCUCCUCAGCCCGACUCGGAUCUGAAGUCUAAUGGAAAGUGUGGAAAAAUCCCAUCCAUCCCAAUGCGAGGAAACAACACAGUAGUCAGGCUGCGUGUGCCAGGUGUAUUUUCGGGCCUCUGCAAAGCUGUUGCCGUGGCAACGGUUCCCACGGAGACGCGGGGAGAAGCUGUGACAAGUGGGGGUGGGGGGUCCUGCCCCACCUGCGGCUAAUCCACCGGGAGGCAAAUGCAGCCGUGUUUUUAAAUGUUAGCGCAUGAGUUUGGGAUUAUUAUUUUGACAUGUAUUAUUGAUUAUUAUUAUUAUUUUUAUAUUUUACAUUUCGCUGUUUUCUAGUCGUUUUGUUUACUAGUUUAUGUACGCUCUUGUUUGACAGAGAGAGGAGUGUGUGGGAGAGCUGGGUGCUGCAGUCUCUGAAAAACAGCCUUAGGAGAAGAUCUCUAUCUCUUCCACAAUUAUGCACACACACACACACACACACACACACACACACGCUGAAACACCAAAUCUAUUGCCAUACAUCUUCACUUCCACUCUUUUGCAGUUUCAGUGGAGGAAGUUUGCUUUGUGCAAUAAAUCGUUCUCUGCUUUCCGUUGAACUCAACAGGAUUAGAAAAUGUUUGGAGUAAAAUACGCAGGGUGGUGACACAUGAUUGGCUGACUGGAUCGUAGGGGGGCGGGGCUUCCAGCGGUAAUAAUAUCUGACAGUAAGGGAGAGGACAGCAUCGGGUUGCAGCUGAAAUAAAAGACAGUAAAAGACAAUUUGCUGAAAGACAAGAGAGAGAAAGCAAACACAGGUCAGUUAGAGGCUGCUGAAAGAAACGAGAGAAAUAUGCAGAGUGAAGCGGACAAGAAGGAAGACUUGGAGGAACAGCGGAGAUGUAAGAGGGAGAGAAGGAGAAGCAGAAGAGUUGGACAAUGAUUCCUGGUGCCAGCCACCUACUUCAGAUGCUCUCAUCCUCGAAUGUUUCUCUCCACCUCCCUCGUUCCAGCCACCCAUCACACCCUCCCUGCUUCCUCCUAUAUUUAAUGGGAAAAGCCACAGUGACAGGGGGAGAUUGACUGGUCAUCUUGGACUCGCAGAGAAGGAGGGAGGGAAGACGGAGAGGAGAGCAGAGUGAACUCCCCUAAAUAAUCAAUCCUCAUAUCCUGCCGCUCGUUCCCCCUCACUCUGUUUUUUCCUCUGACGAGGGGCAAAGAGGAAGCAGGAGAGACGGGAAUCUGGACGCUCAGGGAAGUGGAUUCUGGACGUUUUCACCUGGGAUGAUGGAAACAUUCAUGAACGACAACAGCAGGCGACCAGGUGGACAAAUGUCCGCCUCGUUUCUUCAAAUCUGAUGAGAAAAACUGAGAAUUUUCCCAAAAAAACAGGAAAAAAAAAGAUUUUUUAAAAAAAUAGAAAUCUGACUGCAGAUUCUUUCUGGGAUGAAAAGAUGGAAAGGAGAUAAAAUUAAGUCAAACAGCUGAAACUAUGAACUACAUUUUUGGCAACAACACCCUGUACCCCCGCAGCUCCAGAGUGGGCGGGGCAUCUGGAGGUCAAGGGGCGGGGCUAGGCAUCAAGCAAAAGUUGGGACCAAAGCGAGGCUCUUCGGAGGAGCUGGCGCCUCCACACACUUCGUCUCCGUCCACCUCGUCUCCGGCCUCCUCCUCUCCCUCCACCUCCUCGUCUCGCUGGCAGCAGCUCCUCACCUUCUUCUCCAGGAGGAGCGCCUUCACAGAUUGUAUCAAUUCCAGUCAGGCCAACCCCCCUCCAGUGGUGGUCAAUACCGACAGCGUAGACACCCCCCCAUAUGUCAAUGGAACAGAAGCAGACUAUGAGUACGAGGAAAUCACACUGGAGAGGGGUAACUCAGGACUGGGCUUCAGUAUUGCUGGUGGCACAGAUAACCCCCACAUUGGAGAAGACCCAUCAAUCUUUAUCACCAAAAUCAUCCCCGGAGGAGCUGCAGCCCAAAAUGGACGACUCAGGGUGAAUGACUGCAUAGUCCGGGUGAAUGACACAGACGUGAGGGAGGUGACUCACAGCGGGGCGGUGGAGGCGCUGAAGGAGGCGGGAGGACUGGUCCGGCUCUGCAUACGACGACGGAGGAGCCUCGCUGAGAGGAUCAUGGACAUUAAGCUGGUCAAAGGGCCAAAAGGUUUAGGGUUCAGCAUAGCAGGCGGUGUUGGAAACCAGCACGUUCCUGGUGACAACAGCAUCUAUGUGACCAAAAUCAUCGAAGGAGGGGCUGCACACAAAGACGGGCGGCUACAAAUAGGGGAUAAACUUGUCGCUGUAAAUGCUUCUUGCUUGGAGGAAGUGACUCAUGAAGAUGCAGUUGCGGCACUGAAGUCCACUCCGGACGUCGUGUACCUCCGUGUCGCCAAACACAGCUCCCUUUUCAUUAAUGACAACUUCCCUCCACCCGAUGUCACCAACUCAUAUUCCCCACAUCAGGACAACCACGUUAGUCCGUACAUGAGUGGGAGCCAGUCUGUAAGCCCCGCCCCUCUGACCACGCCCAGAUACUCUCCGCUGCCCAGGAGCCUGACGACAGACGAAGACGUUCCCAGAGAACCCAGGCGAGUGGUUCUGCAGAGGGGAUCCACGGGUCUCGGCUUCAACAUCGUUGGAGGGGAGGAUGGUGAGGGGAUCUUCAUCUCCUUCAUCCUGGCUGGAGGUCCAGCCGAUCUAUGUGGCGAGCUCCGAAAAGGAGACCGGAUCCUAUCGGUGAACGGGGUGGACCUGUCCAGUGCAACACAUGAGCAGGCAGCUGCAGCUCUAAAGAAUGCUGGACAAACAGUGACUAUUGUAGCUCAGUACAGACCCGAGGAGUACAGUCGAUUUGAGGCUAAGAUCCAUGACCUGAGGGAACAAAUGAUGACCAGCAGCGUCAGCUCCAGCUCCACGUCUCUCCGCUCCACACAGAAACGCACACUUUACAUCAGAGCUUUGUUCGACUACGAUGGAAGUGCUGCAGACCUGAGUGCGCCCAAUCAGGCCCUGCCCUUCGGCUUCGGGGACGUCCUCCAUGUGAGCAGCGCCGGCGAGGAGGAGUGGUGGCCCGCCCGUCACCUCAGCCCCCCGCCCCCAAACUGCCCUGAAGUUGGACUCAUCCCCAGCCGAAGGAGAGCAGAGAAGAAGGAAAGGUCGAGGCUAAAGAUGGUCAGAGUGUCGAGGUCUCAGGACAGAUCGGAUCAAGAGGAUAAAGUGCUGGUAACCUCUGGCACCAGUGAUAGUGAGAGUAGUUCCUCUGGCCAGGAGGAGAUCCUCCUUACAUACCAACCUGUUGUGCAGCAGGAAGUCAAUUACACACGGCCAGUCAUCGUGCUUGGACCAAUGAAAGAUCGGGUCAAUGAUGACCUCAUCUCUGAGUUUCCUGAAAAGUUUGGAUCCUGCGUCCCACACACAACACGGCCACGAAGAGACUACGAGGUGGACGGCAGAGAUUACCACUUCAUGUCCUCCAGAGAGCUGAUGGAGCGAGAGAUUCAGGAACACAAGUUCAUCGAGGCGGGGCAGUACAACAACCACCUCUACGGGACCAGCAUACAGUCUGUCAGAGAGGUCGCCGACAAGGGGAAACACUGCAUCCUGGAUGUUUCUGGGAAUGCCAUAAAGCGUCUCCAGAUGGCGGGCCUCUUCCCCAUCGCUAUCCUCCUUCGACCACGAAAUGUCGACAACAUCCUAGAGAUGAACAAGCGUUUGACAGAGGAACAGGCGAGGAAGGCCUUCGACAGAGGCAUCAAACUGGAGCAGGAGUUUGCAGAGUACUUCACCGCAAUCGUCCACGGCUCUUCUCUAGAGGAAAUUUACUCGCAGGUGAAGCAAAUCAUCGAGGAGCAGUCGGGACCUUACAUCUGGGUGACCACCAAGGAGCGGCUCUGAACAAACACACACAUGCAAAACAUCCAUGAACACACACAUUACUGUCUCUACACUUGAUUUUAAUUUUUUCUACUAUCAGCCUGCUUCCUCUGUUUUGCAUUGCUGCACACACGUGUAUUCACACAAGCACACGAUGGCGGCGCGGCGAGGCCGGGACCGUCCGGGACGCCUCCUUCCUGCGGCGGGAGGACCUCGGGUCGGUCCGGCAGCCUGCAGGUGGAUCUUCCUUCAGCUUGGUUCCUUAAUGUUUAAGGAGUUGGUUCAAAUCAAGGCAACUUGUACCAUGAUCUGAUUUAUUUCACUACUGUUCUUCUUAUUGUUGUUGUCGUUGUUGUUUUCAUAUUAACAAAGAGUAAUGCAUUCAUGUAUCGGUUUGCAAUGAUACAUGAUAAUAUUGUCACCAAGAGGCAGACUUUUGCACGCUGUAGCUUUAAGAGCAUGUUUUUGGGACAAAAAUCUUGAUCUAACUCCCUGUCUGUCUUUCUGUCUGUCACUCCACAUGGCAUCGGGUAUUUUUAGAGUUUCUUUCUGUCUUUUUUUACAUUUCUCAUCCCUUCAUAUCCUCAUUUUCUCUUUUUACACUCUAAAAUCCUUAUAUAGGAGGUGAAAAUAUUUAUUGCCACGCAUUUUAGCAUCACACUGCAAAAAAACCCAUAAUUUUACCAGGUCAUUUCAGUCUAGUUACUAGUGAAAAUAUCUUGGUACACUUGAAAUAAGACAAAAUUAACUUGUGACUUCUCAGCAAGACAUAGGAGCUUGUUAAAGUAGCAAAUCCCUUAAUAUGAAUGAAAAAGUUCUAGUUCCUCUGGCAGAUUGUUUCACUUGUAACAUAACGCCGUUACCUAGCAACCCCAGCUAAGCCCAGCCCGUCACCUAGCAACCCAGUUCUAGUUCCACUGGGCGAUUCUUUAACUUAUAACAAGACAUUUUUCCAAAGUUAUAAGGACAACAGGACAAAAGUAUUAUACGUGAAAUAAUCUGCCACUUGUAGUUUUUCAUCAAUAUUAAGAAAUUAUUUACUUAAAUCAAGCUCCUAUAUCUUACUGAAAUUAAAAUAUUUCUACUACUUCUAACUUAGUUUUGUCUUAUUUCAAGUGUGCUACGAAACUCGACAAAAAUGCUUAAAUAUUUUGUGUUUGCGAAAACCAAAGUGUUGAGAAGCUACUGUUUAUGGACGUAGCAUGAAAAAUAUUCAUAACCACUUUGGAGAUUUUGGGGCCUGAUAACCUCAAUUUUAAAUGUAACAAUUAUAUUUCCUUUAUGCAAUAUACAGAAUUAUAUCAAAGUUUUGUGAGAUAUAUUUGAAGCUUUGGGUUAAUAUUUUUGGCUAAAAUAUUAAUAUGGAAACUAAUUCAAACUAAUUCAUUGCGAAUAUUUCCAGCAGAGGCUUAAUGAGCAAAAACAUGAAUGAUGUUUCAUAAUUUGUGUUUUUGUGGCGCAGCCCUGCUGUUGCUCUCUUCAUUCCUAUUAUGUUGUCUGUUAUAUAAAAAGUACCAAGAGAAGUUUUCAAUAUAGUUCUUAAAAAUUCUUACGGGUCCGAAGUACUCUAAAGAGACAGGAAAAGGCAAUUCAGAGCAAAGAUUUUCUAUAUUUGGGAGGUUUCACUCGAUGUUACAAUAUUGGGAUGGGAAAUUUGUUCUUCUGACUCAGGGGUGUCCAAAGUGUGCCGCGGGGGCCAUUUGUGGCCCUUUGACUGAUUUUUCUGUGGUCCUCAACAGCAGUUAAAGGAUGAUACAAAACUUUAUUUUAAUCUACAUUAAAAAUUAUUUACAUAAUUUGGAAUGGAAAAUGUUAAGUACUACACAAAGUAUUCAUGUUUUUACAGUGAAGCUUGUGUGAUAAGUAGAACCACGCCGACUGUGGGGCACAAAAUUAGAUUUUUAUUCAAUGUAUUAAACUCAACUAAACAUUUUGGAAGUAAACCCAAAUCCUGUUCUUAUAACUGAGAUUUAAUUUGUUCAACCAACCCCCAAAAAUGUAAAAACUAGUUGAUUUAAUGCAGCAAAAUAAUUUUAAGUGUUUUGAUAAUAAAAAUAAACACAAAUUUCCUUCGAUAACAUAAAUAAAUAAUAAUGUGGACAACUUUAUUUGGUUGAUUGUAGGUUUAUUUUUCUUGGCCCACAAGUACUUUUGACUCGACAGAAAGUUUGGACACCCCUGUGCUAAAGAAUAAAGAUUAAAAUACGUCACUAUGUUUUCCACUUGCCAUACUUGGUCAGUAAAUAUGCAGAGUUGGAAGGAAACGGGAAUAAAACAUUAAAAUCGGAUCAAUCUGAGAGAAAACGUGACCAUUUUUUAAUCAGAUAUCAGAAGAGAUUUCUUUACUUCAUUAUUUUUAAAAAGCAGAAAAACGAUUCUGACCAAUAAUUCCAGGAUUUCUCCUUUUUCUGGCUUCACCUCGUAUUUCUCUCCUACGCUCUCCGUGCACUUUGACCCUAAACAGUGUAACGCCUCCUUCAUCAUCACCAUCAUCAUCAUCAGGACCUCCUUCCCCUCUAAAUGUUUUGCACUAACGAGGGCUGAUUUCCUGAAGCGUCUUUGAGUCAAAGCUCAUGAAGGGACAGAAGAUUUUAUUUUAUUUUAUUUUUUCACAUUUUUAGCAAUCAAAGAUAUCAGAUGUUCCUUAAACAUGAAAGUUUGUCAUGAAAAAAAAGUUUGACAGAGUUUUGGGGUCAUGCUAAGAAAAGAAAAUAAUAACAAAAUUUAAAAAAUAAAGUUGAAAUAAUAUGAAAAUGAAGUUGUAGUAAUAUGAGACAGUUAUAAUAUUGUGACUAAUUUUAUGAGGAAAAUAAGUUGCAUUAGUAAAGUCAUUCUCUUAAAGUUUAAAUGAGAAUAAAGUCAAAAAAAAUUCUCAUUUUUAUUUUUUUCUUGUUCAACUAUUUUGAUCAUAUUGCAACUUUAUUCUUGUAGUUUUCUAAUGGGAAUAAAUUAAUAGUUGUUCUAUUAAAGUAAAAAUAACACGAGAAUAAAUUUAAAAUAAUAUAAUAAAGUUGUAAUGUUACAAAAGUAAAGUCAUUAAUACUUUAUUAUUGUUUACUCUUGUGCGACUUUAUUCUUGUAAUUGUAUUACAUGAAUAAAAUUAGUUAUAUUAAUAACUAUAAAGUCGUAUUAAAGUCAAAAUAAGAUGAGAAUUAAGUCUUGAUAUUAUUACAUAUUACUACAACUUUUUUUCUUAUAAUUAUUAUUUUUUCUUCUUCUGCUCCUGUUACUUUGUCAUAAAUCCGCUGUAUGUUUUUUUAUUAAGUUUGGAUUUGUAUUUUUUUGGUAACGUUGUGCUUUUAUUUUUUAUUUUGACUCUGGCUGUGUGACCUCAGCACCACUUGCUUUGUUUCUCUCCUCUAUAAAUACCAGCUGCAGCUUUAAUCUCACCGUUUCCUCCCUGUCGUCACGGAAACCAAACCUUCAGGACGCGCGGCGCUAAAAAAAAAUAACCCGUAAUGUGACGAUCAGCUGCUGUUUGAGGACAGAAAUUCAAGAUGCUUUUGAAUGGACCUCCCUUGCUUGUAUGGACCUCGUCAGCCACCGUCUCCCCUUAAUCCACGUUAAUCCCUCAAGGCGACGACUCCAAGCUGACUGGAGGACAGAGGCGUACAGAGAGGCCCUUCUUUCAGCAUCGGCGCCCUGAAAACGCAGAAAAACUACCAACUUUCACCACAUUUUGAGAGCUUUAAUGUUCCCUCCAUUCUUCCAGAUUUACGUUUCCUCCCUUGUUAAUCCCAGUAGAUUAUUUGUAACCGUCGGCUGAGAGAACGGGAACCUCCGUACGGCUCUGCCUGCGUGUUUUAGCCGGGGGACUAUGCCACUGUUUGUUGGAGUAAAGCACCAAUGCAAAGAAUCUAUUAAAGAGAUGUAUCUAUAUCUAACAUAAUAUAAUAUUUAUCCCUGCUCUAACUGCCUAUUUUGGUACAAAAAUAAAUAAAAGGCUUUAUUGAGCUUU